AUGGGGCGAGAUAAGUUUGAGAACGAGGCGCUGAUUCACAACGGAUGGCCCGAAGAUUUGUGGUUUCACGUUGACGAUUUAUCGUCUGCUCACGUUUAUCUCCGCCUUCCAAGAGGUGAGACCUUUGAGAGCGUUCCACAAGAAGUGGUCGAGGAAUGCGCAUCUUUGGUCAAGGCCAACUCAAUCAAGGGCUGCAAAAUGUCUGAAACGAAAAUCGUCUAUACACCUUGGGAGAAUUUGAAGAAGACUGCGGACAUGGUCGUCGGUCAAAUUGGCUAUCAUAAUCACAAGCGCUGCAAAUACAUCACCGUGAAGAAAAACAACGACAUCGUGAAAAAGAUCGAAAAGACGCGCUCAGAGGACAUGAAGCCAGAUCUGCAGGCGGAACGACUCGCCCGGGACGCUGAAGUCCUCGCCGAGCAAAAGCCAAGGCGAAAGACGCAGCUGAGAAAGAAAAGGCCUUCAAGCUGCAAUGCGAGAAGGAAAGAUACGAAAAGUCAUACGAUAGACUCUUUGAAGAUGAUCCGCCCGCGACGACGAACAACGACUCCGACAAUGAUUCCGACGAUUUUAUGUGAGAUUGAAGAUGAUUCAUCUUUCCUGCCCGGAUCGUUUUGA